CGAUGGAUGCCAUCCUGAACUGCAAGCCGGAGGACCUGGAGGAUUACUACAACUUGCUGGGAUGCGAUGAGCUAUCGACGGUUGAACAGAUUCUUGCUGAAUAUAAGAUUAAGGCCCUUGAAUGCCAUCCUGACAAGCAUCCUGGAAACCCCAAAGCGGUGGAGGAUUUCCAGCGGCUGCAGCAGGCCAAGGACACGCUGACGGACGCGGAGCGCCGGGCCCGCUACGACCACUGGCGGCGGAGCCGAGUCCCCGUCCCGUUCCGGCACUGGGAGGCGCUGGGCAGCUCCGUCAGGACGUCAAUGCACUGGGCUGUCCAAAGCAAGAAGGACCAAAUGCUGGAAGCUCCUGGCUUUGGUAACACCAACAACAGAACCAACGAGAUGUGGGCCCAGCAGAUGGAAAGCAGUGGAGAGGGAUUGUUGGAAGGGAGCAGGGAACAAGAAGAUGUUGCAAUCCCUGAUGAGCAACCACAGUCUUCAAAGAAUCCAGACUCCCCAAGAUUUUCAGAGGGGAAUUACUGGCACUUGCGUUUCCGCUGGUCAGGCGAUGCUCCAUCAGACCUUCUGAGGAAAUUCAGAAACUAUGAGAUCUGAAAUGAGAAACACACAGGAGCAUGAGAUCAUCUCUUCACCAUUCCCUUUGUAUUUUUAACAGCAGUUAUAAGUUAUUUGCAUUUUGUGUUCUUUAUUGAAAUGUGUUGUUCUAGUCAAUGUCUAAAUACUGAUUUAUCACACGUGCUGUGAGCAUUACAGAUGGAGACUUUUCUGUUCAAUAACCUUUUCAGUAUUAAUAUAAAUGGAUGUUGUGAAGUUAUCUAACCUCUUGUAUAUCGUUUCUUAUAUUCUCAAAUAUUGUGUAAUGAUUAAUAUUUCGUUCAAUAGUGUGAUGUUAUAAAAACAUACUCUCAGUAGAACCCCGGGCUCCAGGGUAUCCUACUCAGAGAGGAUCUUCCAAAAGCUUU